CAGAAAAUUUGAAAUAUGAAACGUUAUUGCUUUGCUUACCGUUUGAAUGUCUAUUAUUGAUGUCCUAACAUAUUUGGCAGCUUUUGCAUGAAAAUUCAAUGCUAAAUCUCAUCAUUAAUGGAGGGGGAUACUAUUUAAACAAGGCAUUUGGCGAAGAUUAUUUCUUGUGGUGGAAUGAAUGUGCGGACGGAAUGAAUAAACUGGCCUGUAAAAGCAAUGUAUCCAGACUUUCCCAGCUAUCAGACCAACUGGAAAGGCUUGCUGCUGUUGACAAGCGUUUGCUGGACUUAGAGCAACUUCGCUAUGUUACUCUUAAAAUGCAUCAUUUACUCCAGACAACAGACAAGGGCAAGAAAGAAAGUGUCGUCAAGAUAUGUGAGAAAAUUGGAGCAUUAUUAAAUCUUCUGGAGAAUUGCAGUGAUUUUCAAGUACUGCAGAAUGUCUUGGGUUGUCUAUUAGAAUUGUUGAAUGCUGGAAAAAAGAGUUUCACAGUACUUGGUAAUAAUGGUUGUGUGGAUGUUUUGCUAAAGAUGUUGAAAUUGGAAAUAUCAGAUUCACCUAAUGUGGAAGAAAUGUUUGCAUUGAUUCAUUCAGUACUCGCAAAAAUUGCAGUCAAAGAUCGCAAGUUUCCUGUGAAAUUUCGUUUGACCGGCUGUCUUCAAAUCACCAUUGAAAUGAUCAAGCAAAAUGUGAACAACUUUAAAGUUUUGCAUCCGUCUCUCUUGGUUAUGAAGCAUGCAUGUGGGAGUAGUGUGAAUUGCAGUGUUCUCAACAAAGCAGGAUUCAUUAACAUAUUGUUUCGUAUUUUGUCGAAUUGUGGACAUAGAAAAAUUACAACGUUGAAGCUUGUACUCGAUCUCAUUGCCGUUUCUGUGAAAUCAAAAGGCGCUGCUGUAAAAGCUGUGAAUAUAAAUGGAGUGGAAAUUCUUCUCAAAAUGUUCGUUGAUUGGCAUAGAACCGAUCAUCAUAAUAGACAAACUGCUAUUCGAAAAGCACUUCUUAACUCUCUCAAAGCAUUGGUAUCUACGAAGGCCGGAAAAUCAUCAUUUUUAAAAUUGGACGGCAUGAAAACGCUUUAUGUGUCGGCAAUUGAUACCAAUGAAAAAAAAGAAUUCGGUCUAAACAGUGUCAUUGUCCAGAUUCUGCGACUAUGCAUGCCGGACAAUAAUCUUCCAUUGACGGAUAAAAAUUUAGUGGUGAGAUUUGAUCUUCCUACAAAAGACGAUCGUCCCAUUUCUGCCGACGACCAGGAUCCAGUAUCAGACUCGACUGAUAAUGGUAGUGAUGAAGAAGACUCGUCGCCAUUGUUUUCUGAGGAAGAUAACUUUUCUCUUGCUGAAAGUCAAGACGAUUCAGAGGGGCUCGUGAAACAAGAAGAAAUUUCUUUUAAUAAGGAGUCGCCAACAAAGAGAACAAGAUCCGAUCUUAUCACCAUGUAUGAACAUUUCUUUCCAGAAAUGGGUCUUUUAAAGGAAAAAUCGACUGAAAAUGGAAGUGAAGAUGAUGCUUCCACUUCGCUCUAUCCUUCAAUAGUCAUUCCUACGGCUAGCACUGAUCUCUCACAGUUAUACUGUAACAAUAAAUGUAGUGAUACCUCUGACGAAAUUUCGGCCGGCUAUUUAAGCGAACGAAGAGAAGUUUCCUCAUCAACGUCUCUGCUACUUGAAACGUCGAGAACUCUUGCCGAGGACACCGUUACUGAAAAUUUUGACCGUUGGAAGUGUAGAAGUUUUGCUGACUUCGUCCAGAAAGCGUUUCCAGACAUCUAUGGGCAUAUGCCCCCACUAAAUCCUGAGCCUUUAUACUCCAAAAAACCUGGAAUAUCAAGGUCGAUGUUACUGAAGGACUUUGAACGGGUGCUUAAUCGUCCGACGUUUUCAGAUAGAGUUGUUUAUGACUUGGAUAGUUUAAGGAAUUGUACUGGUGCGUCUGUAUCAUCGUUCAAUGUCUCGUGCCAGUCCUCAGAUAUACCAAAAUGCUCGUCAAAAGUAUGUCAAAAUAAAAGUCCAGUGUUAUCCUUUGAAUCCAGGUUUGAAUGUGGAAAUCUGCGCAAGGCCAUUCAGAUAAAUGAACGAGAAUACGAUCUCAUUUUAAAUUCAGAUAUCAACUGCAAAAUUCAUCAUCAAUGGUUCUACUUUGAAGUGAGAAAUAUGGAGAAAGAUGUACCUUACAAGUUCAACAUUAUCAACUGUGAAAAAGUAAAUAGCCAAUUCAACUUUGGUAUGCAACCUGUCCUGUAUUCAUGUAAAGAUGCAGAAGAUGGUGAUCCAGGAUGGAUACGAACUGGAACAGAUAUUUGCUACUAUAAGAAUCGUUACAAACGAUCUUGCCCAGGUCGUAAUGCCGAAAAAGAAGGAUACUACUAUACAUUAACGUUUACUAUAAAUUUCACGCAUGCUGAUGACAGUUGUUACCUUGCUUACCAUUAUCCUUACUCCUUUUCACUUCUCCAGAACCACUUGGAAAGACAUGAAAAUCGACUGGAUUCCAGAAAAAUUUUCUAUGAGCGGCAAGUUUUAUGUGAUUCGCUUUCCGGAAAUCCGUGUUACGUAGUGACGAUUACUUCUCCAACCUUAAAGGAAGACACUCGUUCAUACAUUUUCCUCACCUCGCGAGUCCAUCCUGGGGAAAGCAAUGCAAGCUGGGUAAUGAAAGGCGUGUUUGAUUUUCUGCUGAGUAACAAAAUAACGGCGAAAAUGCUCAGGGAAAUGUACAUUUUUAAAAUCAUUCCGAUGCUUAACCCGGAUGGUGUAAUCAAUGGCUGCCAUCGUUGCUCUCUCUCUGGAUCUGAUCUCAACAGACAGUGGAUGGACCCUGAUCCUACUUUGUACCCUACUAUCUAUCAUGCUAAAGGAUUAUUGUUGUAUUUACAGACCAUGCACCGGAAACCUCUGGUGUUUUGUGAUUUCCAUGGUCAUUCCCGAAAAAAGAACAUUUUCAUGUACGGUUGUCGUAAUUCAACCGCUGACCUGCCGGUUACUAUAGUUACUUCGGGCUCAGAAUCCGAUUCAUCUAAUGUCGAAGAAGCAAAAACACAAGAAGCAAGUUUUAGGACGUUACCGAGAAUUCUUCACUCCAUUGCACCAUCAUUCACUUAUCAAAAUUGCAAUUUUGAUGUUGCGACUUCAAAAGAGACUACGGCCAGAGUUGUCGUGUGGCGUGAGUUUGAUAUUUCUAGAAGUUACACUAUGGAAAGUACUUACUGUGGAGCUGAUCAAGGACCAUACAAGGGUAUGCAUCUUGGAACGAAAGAACUCGAGGAAAUGGGUCGAUGUUUCUGUGCUGGAUUAGUAAAAUUAGGAAACAGUGCAAGUAUCACUGCAUUACUGGACGUUUCCUCGAAUGUUACUUUGGACGAACUCGACUCGGACGAAAAUGAUCUUGUAUUACCAAGAGGUGAUGUUUUUGCUCCAGUUGCCACUUAUCCUUACGAAGGUCAAGAUUAUGCCACUCAGUUGCUUGUUUAAAGAAAUAGUGCUUAUAUAUACAGCAUUGUAUAUUAUUAAAUGUUUUUAAUAUUAUGGCAUUCUUUUCUAUAAA